GGCCUCCGAGAUCCAACGAGAUCAGCCUGUGUAUGUGCGAACUACUACACGUCUCUUUUCUUGCAUCUCCCAUCUUUUUCCGGCAUUCGAUUCGUCUACAACAAGAUAUCCGAGGGCUCCAGCUCCUCAGACUCCAGAUAUCGCCAGUCACCCAACACCCACUGUGCUUCUCACCCAUCUCUCACCAACCACCUCGUCUUGCGAAUAUCUUUCAAGCAAUGAGCCAGCCAUCUGAAGACGCUAUGGUCGGUGCGGUUGAUAUGGAGGGACAAACUACUGCGGCGUCGUUCAACGAUUCCACCGAGACAGCAAUCCAGCGGCCGGGCAAUGACUCUCACUCUGAAGAAGCGGUGAGCGAAGGCUCGUCAGAUCCUGGCGGCCCCGGUACGGACAUACCUCCUCAUGAGCAUCCCCAAGCCUCAGGAGGAGAAGGGGAAGAAGGAGACCAUAAGGGCGAUGCGAAAGGCGAAGAAUACCCUAAGCGCGAUGUCAUGGAAGAUGAGGCAGUUGAAGACGAUGUCAACCCGGGAGGCGGCGACGAGUCCGAUGACGGGUCCUCGGGAUAUGGUUCCGAUGAUGAUGCGGGUGGUGCUCGAUACCAGGCCAUGUACGAAUUCCUCAAGGAAAGGAAAGUGAAGUUUGUUCCUGUAGAAAAAAGAAUGUUCAGUGCAAUACUCGACAAUAUCAAGGCGUCAUACGAGGCUCGACGAGAGGGAGAGGCUUGAAUCCAAGUUCAUAUUGCAAUUCAAGCAAGAGACAUCCGUUUUUAUAUCCACUGUAUCAUAAUAAAUACAAAUCUUUCGAGCUCGAGGAGGAUGAACCGCCUGAUCUUAUCUAUGCCCUUUCAUUCGAGUUUUGCGGUCUAGGCCAAUUUGCCGGGACAACCUUCAUGCAAGCAGCCGAGUAUCUCAUGGGAAGCUAUACUGCAUGCGGCUGCUA